AUGACCCCCGAUGGGCCAAACCCAGAGCUAAUGCAAAAGAAGCCCAGGGUCAAGAAAAACAUACCCGCUCUCCCUCUCGUCCUAAUCCACGAUGGAGGCGGUACGACAGCGGGAUUCUGGUCCCUUGGCAAGCUUCAACGCGAUGUUUGGGUUAUCCACAACCCCAAGUUCUGGAGUGGCGCCUCCUGGCAGCGCGGCAUGGACGAGAUGGCCCUGCACUACCUGAGUUUGAUCAGAGCCAGGGGCAUCUCCGGGCGCAUCGUCCUCGGCGGAUGGUCUUUGGGCGGCUUUCUGUCUCUGGCGAUUGCACGGAUGAUUGCUGCGCUGGGAAAACAGGACGAGGGGAGUCUGGAGAUUUCAGGGCUUCUGAUAAUCGACUCGCCUUACUUUGAACCAUGGUACGAACAGUCGCCCCCCGUCUCGCAGCCUCUGUUGCCCGACAUGCUCCCCAAGGUCAAGCAGACCUACGAGAAAUGCGACGAUCUCCUAAGCUCCUGGUCGCUGCCACGCUGGGGCUGGGACGCGAUGGGAGGCGAGCCCGUCACACUGCGUGCUGGUGGGAACAAGCACAUCAUCCCCCACCGAGCUGCGUUGUACAAGCCUCUCGACAGUGACUGGGUAGUAAAAAAGACAGCCGAAGAGCCCACGACAGAUCGUCCAGGGGCACGCAUUGAUAUGGAAGAUGACAGGGCGGAGCAUGAUGUCGAGAAGCUCUCCCCGCCCAUGGGUAUCCUCAUACGGUGCGUGGGUCGAACGCCCGCGCUCGAUCAAGGACACCAUCCAUGCCGCGUGGAUUUGUAUCGUGACUCCUUGACCCUGGGCUGGGGGCAAGGCUACGAGGACUAUAUCAAAGUCGUCAUGGACGCUACGAACACCCACUAUACCAUCUUUGACCGCAACAACCGAUCCCAGAUUAAGCACGUCACUUCGUUACUCAAUCAAGCUCUGGAUAUCUUUGAUCAGCGGGAAUUGGGUUCCAUGGCUUCUAUCUAG